AUGGGGACUGUCAAGUUGGGAGAAUCUUGUAUGUGGACUGUCAAGUUGGGGAAUCUUGUAUGUGGACUGUCAAGUUGGGAGAAUCUUCUUGUAUGUGGACUGUCAAGUUGGGAGAAUCUUCUUGUAUGUGGACUGUCGAGUUGGGAGAAUCUUCUUGUAUGUGGACUGUCAAGUUGGGAGAAUCUUCUUUUGGGGGAGAAUCUUCUUGUAUGUGGACUGUCAAGUUGGGAGAAUCUUCUUGUAUGUGGACUGUCAAGAUGGGAGAAUCUUCUUGUAUGUGGACUGUCAAGUUGGGAGAAUCUUCAUGUAUGUGGACAUUGGGAGAAUCUUCUUGUAUGUGGACAGUCAAGUUGGGAGAAUCUCCUUGUAUGUGGACAGUCAAGUUGGGAGAAUCUUCUUCGUCGUGUAACGGAAGAAGCUUAA